CGCCGCACCGCCCCUCCUCCUCCUCCUCCUCCUCCUCCUCUUCCUUGAGGCGCUCCUCCGGCGGGCGGCCAGCAUGGCGGCCGUGGAGACGCGGGUGUGCGAGACGGACGGCUGCAGCAGCGAGGCCAAGCUCCAGUGUCCAACCUGCAUCAAGCUGGGUAUCCAGGGCUCAUACUUCUGCUCGCAGGAAUGUUUUAAAGGAAGUUGGGCUACUCACAAGUUACUGCAUAAGAAAGCAAAAGAUGAAAAGGCAAAGCGAGAAGUAUCCUCCUGGAUUGUUGAAGGUGAUAUUAAAACUGACCCAUGGGCAGGGUAUCGAUACACUGGUAAACUGAGACCACAUUAUCCAUUGAUGCCAACAAGGCCAGUUCCAAGUUACAUUCAAAGACCAGAUUAUGCAGAUCAUCCCUUAGGGAUGUCUGAAUCUGAACAGGCUCUUAAGGGUACUUCUCAAAUUAAGUUACUCUCAUCUGAAGAUAUAGAAGGAAUGCGACUUGUAUGUAGGCUUGCUAGAGAAGUUCUGGAUAUUGCUGCUGGGAUGGUUAAACCAGGUGUAACUACUGAAGAAAUAGAUCAUGCUGUACACUUAGCAUGUAUUGCAAGAAAUUGCUAUCCUUCUCCUCUGAAUUAUUAUAAUUUCCCAAAGUCUUGUUGUACCUCAGUGAAUGAAGUCAUUUGUCAUGGAAUUCCAGACAGACGACCUUUGCAAGAAGGUGAUAUUGUUAAUGUGGACAUCACUCUUUACCGCAGUGGUUAUCAUGGGGACCUGAAUGAGACGUUUUUUGUUGGAGAUGUGGAUGAGGGAGCACGGAAACUAGUGCAGACAACAUAUGAGUGCCUGAUGCAAGCCAUUGAUGGAGUGAAACCUGGUGUUCGAUACAGAGAAUUGGGAAACAUUAUUCAGAAGCAUGCGCAAGCAAAUGGAUUUUCAGUUGUUCGAAGUUAUUGUGGGCAUGGAAUCCAUAAGCUUUUUCAUACAGCUCCCAAUGUACCCCACUAUGCCAAAAAUAAAGCUGUUGGAGUGAUGAAGUCGGGCCAUGUAUUUACAAUUGAGCCAAUGAUUUGUGAAGGUGGAUGGCAGGAUGAAACCUGGCCAGAUGGUUGGACUGCAGUGACGAGAGAUGGAAAGCGUUCUGCUCAGUUUGAGCAUACUCUGCUGGUAACAGACACUGGCUGUGAAAUUCUGACCCGGCGACUUGAUAGUACACGGCCUCACUUCAUGUCCCAAUUUUAGUUUCUUCUAAGAUACCUUCUUACUGUACUAUGCAUUUUAUUGAGAGUACAGAAAGGAAGAGGUAGUUUUUUAUCACUUGUUUUGACUUCAGAUAAGAAUGUUCUACAGCAUUUGGUGUGACUCAACUUGUCUUGAGUCUGAAAAAGCUGAGAAGAAUAAAGGAAACAUUGCUCGACUCCUUUCACUAUUCCCCCUAACCCCUAUUCUCUAAACAGCUGUUUUCUCAUUUGCCCCUUGAGCACUUUUACUUAAACCCGCUUCUAGUUGCUUUUAUCACUGCCACAGACUGGCCAUCAAGAUCCAGCUGCUUUCCAGUGAAUGUUGAAGAUGAAAAUCCUUGAAACUCUUAACAUCUGUUGCUCCAAAUUUUUAUUUUAUAUAUAUGUGGAAAUAUAUAUAUAUUUUAAAUUCCAUAUACAUAAUUAUGAACACUAUGUGACCUUUGGUUGAGAUUAACUACUCUGACAGGGUUACUUGCUGUCAUAAAUGGAUCCAUAGAUUGUAGUGACUUAAUUUCUAGUUGGGAAUUGGCCUCCUCUCUCCUUCAUGCAAAUUAUUUAUACCUGUAAUUGUGUGUAGGGAAGGGCUCAAUGAGACCGUCUCCCCAGUGUGGACUUUGUGUCAGCAGAUAAAUGUGGUAAAUUUGGUUCAGAAACAUAUCCAUGCUUUUUAAAGUCUAGUUUGUGGCAAAAAUAGCCAUGCUCCACAUGGUGGCUGACUGUUGCAAGACAUGAGAAUUUUGUAAUGCACUGCUAUUUCAGACUUCUAUUUGGUCAGAAAUGGGAGAGGAAAAGCCCCUCUUACUUCCCCUCUCUUUUAUUUCAAAGGCAUACCUUAGAGACACUUAGAAAGGGUGGAGAUUGCACUGUGGAGGAUGAUGGGGAUAGAAUUCUAAAAUGUUUCUUGAUGUGAGCACAGUAAAUCGGGGCUAUGAGAGUCUUGACAUUUAGUAAACCUAAUAGUGAUGAGGAAGGAACGUUUUUGAGUACUAUAACCUUGCAGUAGGAAUACUGCUACCUGUGGUGUGCUGAAAAUACACCUAUUCAUAAUGGAGAACCUCGUUAGAAAAUAGCCAUGGUUGUCCAGAAUCCAUUUCUUUCAACAUUUAUUCAGAUACAAGUGUACACUGAAGAUGGAUCAUUAAGUCAUUGUCAGUAGAUAUUAGAGUGUACUUGAUUACUGUGUAUCUGAUGACUUUCUUGUAAUUUGAUACCACUGAACAUUAUACUUGUAAAAGAACAUCUUUCCCAGAGUGCCUCAGACCUUAAUUGCUUUAAGAGAAUUAUAAUGUUUUCAUUACUUUUAUUAUUUUAAUGAUUUAGUAAAGUGACUAAAUCUGCUAUAGACUUUUGGGGGUAUGUGUGUAAAGUUUUUAUCAAGCUGUAAUAUUUGUGAAUGGAAUGCCUUGUAAUAUGAAUGUUAAUAUAAUGUGUAAAGGGAGAUUAAAAAGUUUAAUUAUACUA